CUCAUUUCAGCGCAGGAGUGUCGUUCCUCUGGCCAGUGGCCCUUCAUUGUCAUACCCCAGUGGACUAUCGCCCCCCCUACCCCUCCUCUAUCCUCAGCAACUCCUCCAAACCUGGUCGGGGCGCAGGUCCCAUCAAGCAUCAUGACGCCGAUCCCCGCGGGCAAGUCAACCGGAGGGGUUCUCCAAAUCCCAGUGGCUGCAACGCAGAAGAAUUCGUCUGCGACACCCAGGAAGGCGCCGAAGCCAGCAGCCCCACGCUUGAAACUCGUCGUGAGGCGUCUCCCGCCCGGAUUGACUCAAGCGGAGUUUGAGACGGCACUGGGCCCGGAAUGGAAGACCGGGGGUGGAAAGGUCGAUUGGUUCCAGUACAAGCCGGGCAAGGUCUCCAAAGAUCCAGCCAAGCCCUCCCGACCUUCGCGCGCCUACAUCCAUGUCCUGUCCAACGAUCAUACCAUCCCGCUCUCGAACACGGUCCGUCAAGCGUCGUUCUUGGACGCCCGCAAUACCUCCAAUGACCCCGUGCUACUAGGCCCCCCAUCGCUGGAAUUCUCGCCUUACGCCAAGAUCCCCGGAAGCCGCUCGCGCAAGGAUGCCCGCCAGGGAACCAUUGAUCAGGACCCCGAGUUUAUUGCCUUCCUCGAGAGCCUUACGCAACCUAUCACCAAACCAACCCUCGUCGACUCCGCUGCAGAUGAAGAGAAGAAGGGUACGGUGACCGUCACCCCUCUGGUGCAGUACAUUAGGGAAAAGAAGGCCAACAAAGCCAAAGAGUCCAGCAAGUCAUCCAAACACAAGUCGGAUAAGGAUUCCAAGGCCGACAAGGUGCAGGCAAAGAAGCUCCUACAACGCCCUGAUAAGGACGCAAACCAGCCAUCUGCGACGGAGAAGCCAGAGAAGAAAUCCAGGUCGGACAAGGCUAGUAAGGAAGCCGUGAAAGCAGCGAGCAAGCAGGCCGCCAGUGUCGCUGCCAAGCAAGCAGCAAAAUCGUCUCCCGCGCAGAACUCUCCCAAGGAUGCGCCACAGCCAGCGUCGGAGCGAAAGCGAGAACGCGGAAACGUCGCUGCCGCGGCCAAGAUUCUGCAACGCGACCUCGGUCUCGCCCCAUCUGGCGGUCGUCGGAAAGGCAAAAGCGCUCCCGCGGAGGGAGAUGCGUCGAAGAACGAUCAAAGCGGCACCACCACUCCGGAGACGGGCAAGAAGGACACGCCCACCAGACCGUCAAGGGGAGGAGGCUCGCAAGGUAAGGGCAAGGGCGGUAGCGCGCAACAGUCCAACGAUCCAUCGGAAGCAAACACGCCGCCUGUCAGUACUACACCUAAACCUGCAAAGCCUGCGAAGGGUAAGCAAGCAUCGGCCGGACCGACAGCUACCGCCACUCAGGCAUUCCUCAAACACGCAAAUCCGUCGCAGGGCGUCACCGAACCUCUGCUCGAAGCGGCUUUUGCACCAUUCGGGAAGAUCGUCAAGGUUGAGAUUGACAAGAAGAAAGGAUUCGGUUACGUCGACUUUGCAGAGCCCGAUGCACUGCAGAAAGCCAUCGCUGCCAGUCCCGUCUCGGUUGCCCAGAGUCAGGUUGUCGUCCUGGAGCGGAAGGCCAACCCCGGAGGAGAGAAGGGCCGUGGCAAAGGCCGCGGUGAGGCUCAACCGUCUGCCGGGGGUGGUGGAAACAGUACCCGCGGCGGCAAAUCCGGCGAAGGCAGCUCUGGAGCCAACUCAUCUCGAGGGCCACGCGGUGGGCGAGGGUCCAAGAGCAAGGGCGGCUCCAAGGGAGGCGGCGGAGGGAGUAAUGCAGGGAAUGCCAGCGGAAAUACCCCUGAGGGCAAAGGAAACCCGGAAUCUAAAUGAGCUGUCACGAUAUGAUGUAUCCAAUGAUAAUACCAGGCGAAUGCCCCACGCGUCUUCUCUUCGUAUCCAACCUUCCAAAGCACAUGCCAGUGAGAUGGAAGCAGUGGGCAGAACCCACAUCAACAUUCAUUGCUUUUAUACCCUCUUUCGAGAACUCUUGCUCCCCGCAUAUGCGAUAGGAUGAUCUGGGGCUCAUUGUCGACCAAAAAGGCUACGGGAUGAACUGAAUAGCGUGUGGUGC